AUGGACGCGCUUUGUCUCUGGAUGUUUGCCACUUUUUGGAGAGCUAUGCAGGCCAUCCACCCGGACUGUGCCAUUAUAUCCCAGCAUAUGAGGGCCCAGGAGCUCUGCAAUCAGACCAGGUGGAGAGAGAACAAGAACCAGACUGAACCACAAGGCUGCAGGACGGAGUGGGAUGAGAUACGGUGCUGGCUCAGAGCAGAUGUCGGCCAGGUGGUCAACGUGUCCUGCUCCGAAGUCUUUCAGCACUUCUCCAGCAAGCCAGGUUACAUCUACAGGAACUGCACAGCGGCAGGCUGGAGUGACCUGUAUCCCCCUUAUGAAGAAGCCUGCGAGUUUGGAGAUGACGCAGAACCUGAAUCUGAGACAACCUACUUCUCAACAUUCAAGCAAGUAUACACAGCAGGAUAUGCCACAUCACUGAUAUCUCUCAUAACGGCUAUCAUAGUCUUCACGUCCUUCAGGAAGUUCCAUUGUACCAGGAACUACAUACACAUCAACCUCUUUGCCUCCUUCAUUCUCCGGGCCAGUGCCGUCUUCAUCAAAGACGCUGUUCUGUUCUCUGAUGAGUCCCUGGACCACUGCUUCAUGUCCACGAUGGCGUGUAAGAGCGCUGUAGCUUUCUUCCAGUUCAGCAUCCUGGCUAAUUACUUCUGGCUGCUGGUGGAGGGCAUGUACCUGCAGACGCUGCUGGCACUCACCUUCGUCUCCCAGAGGAAGUACUUCUGGUGGUACAUCCUGAUAGGAUGGGGUGUGCCAUCAGUUGUCCUUAUCGUUUGGGUUUUGACAAGAAACUUUUACGACAACAGAGGAUGCUGGGAUGACACUGAUAACAUUGGCGUCUGGUGGAUCAUCAAAGGACCGAUAACAGCAUCCUUGUUUGCCAACAUCAUUAUCUUCCUGAACGUGAUCCGGAUCCUGGUUCAGAAGCUGAAGUCUCCGGGUGUAGGAGGCAAUGACACAGGACACUUCAUGAGGCUGGCCAAGUCCACUUUGUUUUUGAUCCCUCUGUUUGGGAUGCACUACACAGUGUUCGCUUUCCUGCCAGAGAACACGGGAGAGACAGCACGACUCUACAUUGAGCUCGGUCUAGGCUCCUUUCAGGGCUUUGUGGUGGCUCUACUGUACUGUUUUCUCAACGGAGAGGUGCAGGCAGAGCUAAAGAGGAGGCUGAGAAAGUGGCAGACCCAGACUCAUCUGAGUCCUGGCAAAAAGCGCCGCAUCACUGUCACCCAGAUCACCGUGCUGGAAAGAGGCGACCCACAGGCAGCUGUGUGUUCUGGUAACGUGUCAUCAGUGUGA